AACCAAAACUUAUGUUAAUGACUGUUAGUGUGAACCUGUUCCCAAGUUUACUCCACUCGUUCAUUCAUCAAACUUAGGCCACUCAAGCACACACACACACACACACACACACACACACACACACACACACACAACACACACACACACACACAUACUUACCUUGGUUCCGAUUGGUCAAACAUCUCCAAUACUGAACUGAGUUACUCACCUUCCUACAGUUAUCGGUCUCUUUUCCUGCUCGUUUAUCGUGCUCUCUCUGUCUGAUGAGGGGUUUCAGCUGUUCUCUUUCCUUGUCGUUGGUUUGGUAUAAAUUGGGCGCUUAACUGGAGCUUAACACUACUUGGUCACCAGACUCUUUAGCAUUCGUUUUGAUUAUUAUUGCCACUGGGUUCUCUUUAAACACAUCCACAUCAUGUUGUGCUAUAGGACAGCUGUGUUGCUAUUGGCUGCCGCAGUGUGCGUAGCUUAUGCCGCCGAAGAGGCCAAACCAGCUGAAGCCAAAUCAGCUGAUGCCAAGGACCUGGAGCCCAGCUCUGACCUUGAGACUGACGCUACCCUUGGUCUAGGCUACAAAUUGGCCAAAUUCGGCUACCCUAGCUACGGAUACUCCUCUUACGGAUAUCCCGGAUACGGUCACGGCUACGGAUACGGUCACGGAUACGGAUACCCCUCUUACGGAUAUGCUUCCUACUACCCCAAGUACUACAGCAAGCCCUACUACGGUCAUGGAUACGGAUACGGCAGUGGUUACGGAUACGGAGGAUAUGGCCACAGCUAUGGCUACUACAAGCCCUACGGACACUACUGGUGAGGCUUCAGUCCUAAGAGAGAGUCCGCAUUCUUCUUCCAUCUUUUCUAUCCUUUGUUUGUUCUAUCUUCUAUCUUUCAUACACACUGCCAGCCUCCAAGAGUCUGAAAAAAUACUUCAAAAAUAAUUUAUUAUCUUUCUUUUCUGUAUAUAGCUGGUCUAUAUAACUGUGUUUUUUUGUAAAUACAUCUGUCCUUCUUUCCAG